AUGGCUGGAUUGCCAUCACCAAGCCUGAAUCUACCCUCAGUGGUGUCGACCAGACCAAACAUCAGGUGCAGGUCUUGCAAAGACUGGCCGGGGACGACAGCGCACCCGCCAAGAGCCGUCAAUCGCCCUUCCCCACCUGCCUGCAGGAGAACAAUGGCGUAG